AUGGCGCGGCGGCUGCAGGAGGAGCUGGCCGCCUUCUUCUUCGAGUAUGACACUCCGCGGAUGGUGCUGGUGCGCAACAAGAAGGUGGGCGUCAUCUUCCGCCUCAUCCAGCUCGUGGUGCUGGUCUACGUGGUGGGGUGGGUGUUCGUGUUUGAGAAGGGCUACCAGACCUCCAGCAGCCUCAUCAGCAGCGUGUCGGUGAAGCUCAAGGGCCUGGCUGUCACACAGCUGCCAGGCCUGGACCCCCAGGUGUGGGACGUGGCCGACUACGUCUUCCCAGCUCAGGGGGACAGUUCCUUUGUGGUCAUGACCAAUUUCAUCGCCACCCUCCAGCAGGCUCAAGGCUACUGUGGAGAGAAUCCAGAAGGGGGCACGUGCACGGAUGACAGCAACUGCACCCCGGGGAAGGCGGAGAGGAAGGCCCAAGGCAUCCGCACGGGCAAGUGUGUGUCCUUCAAUGACACAGUGCAGACGUGUGAGAUCUUCGGCUGGUGCCCUGUGGAGGUGGAUGACAAUGUCCCCCGGCCUGCCCUUCUCCGUGAGGCUGAGAACUUCACUCUCUUCAUCAAAAACAGCAUCAGUUUUCCCCGCUUCAAGGUCAACAGACGCAACCUGGUGGAGGAGGUGGACGCCCGCUACAUGAAGACUUGUCUCUACGACAAGGUCUUGCACCCGCUCUGCCCCGUCUUCAGGCUCGGCUACGUGGUCCAGGAGUCAGGCCAGAAUUUCAACACCCUGGCUGAAAAGGGCGGGGUGGUGGGCAUCACCAUCGACUGGAACUGUGACCUGGACUGGCACGUGCGACACUGCAAACCCAUCUACGAGUUCCACGGGCUGCACGAGGGCAAAAGCCUGUCUCAGGGCUUCAACUUCAGGUUUGCCAGGCACUUUGUGGAGAACAAGACCAACCACCGGCACCUCUACAAGGUGUUUGGGAUCCGCUUCGACAUCCUGGUGGAUGGGAAGGCUGGCAAGUUUGACAUCAUCCCCACCAUGACCACCAUUGGCUCUGGGAUUGGCAUCUUUGGGGUGGCCACGGUUCUCUGUGACCUGCUGCUGCUCCAUAUCCUGCCCAAGAGGCACUACUAUAAACAGAAGAAGUUCAAGUAUGCAGAGGACAUGGGACCUGAGGCGGGUGAGCGUGAUCCUGGGGCCACCAGCUCAACUCUCGGCCUGCAGGAGAACAUGAAGACAUCCUGACCCCAUGCCCCGGUCUCCUGACUGCACAGCCGGAGGCUUCCGGUGAGGGCCCGCUGGACACACAGCCAGGGCUCAGCCGGGCACACACCGC